CCCCUUUUGGCUCUCUGCCCCAGCUCCCCACCGCCCUCCGAGGUGGGGAGGCCUCGGCAGCCAUGCCCGCCCUGGGCCCCGGCUCCUACUCCCAUUCCCAGGACACCCCAGCCGGGGUCUAGCAGGGAGCCUGCAGCCCGAGGGGCUGGGGCCGGAGGAGUCAAGUGGGGGGCCACCUCCCCGUUGGGGAGGGAGCAAAGAUGGAGCGGCGGGAGGAGCAGCCCGGGGCUGCGGGGGCUGGAGCCACACCAGCCCUGGACUUCACGAUGGAGAACGUGGAGAAGGCACUGCAUCAGCUCUACUACGAUCCCAACAUCGAGAACAAGAACCUAGCUCAGAAGUGGCUGAUGCAGGCCCAGGUCUCCCCACAGGCCUGGCACUUCAGCUGGCAGCUGCUGCAGCCCGACAAGGUCCCUGAGAUACAGUACUUUGGGGCCAGUGCCCUGCACAUCAAGAUCUCUCGCUACUGGAGUGACAUCCCCACUGACCAGUAUGAAAGCCUAAAGGCCCAGCUCUUCACCCAGAUCACCCGCUUUGCCAGUGGCUCCAAAAUCGUGCUGACUCGACUGUGUGUGGCACUGGCCUCCCUGGCCCUCAGCAUGAUGCCUGAUGCAUGGCCAUGUGCUGUGGCAGACAUGGUCCGGCUCUUCCAGGCUGAGGACUCCCCAGUGGAUGGCCAGGGCCGCUGCCUGGCCUUGCUGGAGCUGCUUACAGUGCUGCCUGAGGAGUUUCAGACCAGUCGCCUGCCCCAAUAUCGCAAAGGCCUGGUGCGGGCCAGCCUAGCCGUGGAGUGUGGGGCUGUCUUCCCUUUGCUGGAGCAGCUGCUACAGCAGCCCAGCUCACCCAGCUGUGUGCGUCAGAAGGUGCUCAAGUGCUUUUCCAGCUGGGUACAGCUGGAGGUGCCACUGAAGGACUGUGAGGCGCUCAUUCAGGCUGCCUUCGCUGCUCUGCAGGACUCAGAGCUCUUUGACAGCAGUGUGGAGGCCAUCGUCAAUGCCAUCUCGCAGCCUGAUGCCCAGAGGUAUGUGAACACACUCCUGAAACUCAUCCCACUGGUACUGGGACUGCAGGAUCAGCUUCGACAGGCAGUGCAGAAUGGGGACAUGGAAACAUCCCAUGGCAUCUGUCGCAUCGCUGUGGCCUUGGGCGAGAACCACUCUCGGGCCUUGCUGGACCAAGUAGAACACUGGCAGAGCUUCCUGGCCCUCGUCAACAUGAUCAUGUUCUGCACAGGCAUCCCUGGCCACUAUCCUGUCAACGAGACCACGAGUUCUCUCACCCUCACCUUCUGGUACACGCUGCAGGAUGACAUCCUGUCCUUUGAGGCAGAGAAGCAAGCUGUGUACCAGCAGGUGUACCGGCCAGUCUACUUCCAGCUGGUGGACGUGCUUCUGCAUAAGGCCCAGUUCCCUUCUGAUGAGGAAUAUGGAUUCUGGUCCUCAGAUGAGAAGGAGCAGUUCCGAAUUUACAGGGUGGACAUCUCCGACACUCUCAUGUACGUCUAUGAAAUGCUGGGGGCUGAGCUACUGAGCAAUCUUUAUGACAAGCUGGGCCGCUUGCUCACCAGCUCAGAGGAGUCCUACUCUUGGCAGCACACAGAGGCCCUGCUCUAUGGCUUCCAAUCCAUCGCAGAGACCAUCGAUGUCAACUACUCUGAUGUGGUACCUGGGCUCAUUGGCCUCAUCCCACGGAUCAGCAUCAGCAAUGUGCAGUUGGCGGACACUGUCAUGUUCACCAUUGGAGCUCUGUCUGAAUGGUUGGCCGACCACCCUGUCAUGAUCAACAGCGUUCUGCCCCUCGUACUGCAUGCACUAGGCAACCCUGAGCUCUCUGUCUCCUCUGUAUCCACCCUCAAGAAGAUCUGCCGAGAAUGCAAGUAUGACCUGCCGCCCUAUGCUGCCAACAUCGUGGCUGUCUCUCAGGAUGUGCUGAUGAAACAGAUCCACAAGACGAGCCAGUGCAUGUGGCUGAUGCAGGCACUGGGCUUCCUGCUGUCAGCCCUGCAGGUGGAGGAGAUCCUUAAAAAUUUGCACUCACUCAUCUCGCCCUAUAUCCAGCAGCUGGAGAAGCUUGCAGAGGAAAUACCCAACCCCUCCAACAAGCUGGCCAUUGUCCACAUCUUGGGGCUUCUUUCCAACCUCUUCACCACACUGGAUGUCAGUCAUCAUGAGGAUGAUCAUGAAGGCCCUGAACUCCGAAAGCUGCCGGUGCCUCAAGGACCCAACCCUGUGGUGGUGGUGCUGCAGCAAGUCUUCCAGCUUAUCCAGAAGGUGCUGAGCAAAUGGUUGAACGAUGCCCAGGUGGUGGAGGCUGUGUGUGCUAUCUUUGAGAAAUCUGUGAAGACACUGCUAGAUGACUUCGCCCCCAUGGUGCCACAACUGUGUGAGAUGCUGGGCCGAAUGUACAGCACCAUCCCCCAGGCGUCUGCUCUUGAUCUCACUAGACAGCUGGUGCACAUUUUUGCUCAUGAGCCUGCCCACUUCCCUCCAAUCGAGGCCCUCUUCCUGCUCGUCACCUCCGUCACACUCAGUCUCUUCCAGCAAGGGCCCAGGGAUCAUCCUGAUAUUGUUGAUUCAUUUAUGCAACUCCUGGCACAGGCUCUGAAGCGGAAACCAGAUUUAUUCCUGUGUGAACGACUGGAUGUCAAAGCUCUGUUCCAGUGUGCUGUGCUGGCCCUCAAGUUCCCUGAAGCACCUACUGUCAAGGCCUCCUGUGGCUUCUUUACAGAGCUUCUGCCACGGUGUGGGGAAAUAGAGCCGGUGGGGAAGGUGGUGCAAGAGGACGGCCGAAUGCUGCUCAUAGCAGUGCUGGAGGCCAUCGGGGGCCAGGCCUCUCGCAGCCUCAUGGACUGCUUUGCUGACAUCCUCUUUGCCCUGAACAAACACUGCUUCAGCCUCCUGAGCAUGUGGAUCAAGGAGGCCCUGCAGCCACCCGGCUUUCCCUCUGCCCGCCUCAGCCCUGAACAGAAGGACACCUUCAGCCAGCAGAUCCUCCGUGAGCGAGUGAACAAGAGGCGGGUGAAGGAGAUGGUGAAGGAAUUCACACUGCUGUGCCGUGGGCUACAUGGCACAGAUUACACAGCUGACUACUGAGGGGCACCCCUGUCCCACCCAUGCCUCUUCUCCACCCCUUCUGGUUCCUUGGAAUAAACUAGACUCUCACUGCA